UCAAAAGAUUUAACAAAAAAUGGAUUCCCAAACAGAAUGCUACCUGCAAAUAUUAAAAACCUAGAAUAUCCUAUACCACCCUACGGCAUGUAUUUCGUUUUACCAACUUCGUGUCUACAGGGUUCUCCGAAAUUACUACAAAUCGUGGAUGAAUUUCAUUUGUUUUCAUCCCCAUUUCGUUGGCUAUUGCUUUCUGAUAACGCAAUUUUAAAAAAUAUAAUCGAUAAUAUGAGAAAUCUGUCAAUUUUGGUCGAUAGUGACUUGAAUUUAGCCGAAACAAUGCAAGAUGACAGGAUAAUUAUACGUAAAAUAUACAAAAAACACAUCAAGAGCUCUGAAUUUUUAGUAGAAGAUUAUGGUAGUUGGGAAAAAGGACUUAAGUUUCGAAAAAAUGAAAAUUUUGAAAUUAUAACAGCUAGAAGACGGAAAAAAUUGAAUAUUCAACUGGAUACUUCUGUGGUUAUCACUCACCAGGAUUCUCUGAAUCAUCUCACUGAUAAAAGAGAUAAACAUAUAGACAGUAUUUCAAAAGUAUGCUACGUUCUAGUGAUUGAUUUGGCAUCCAUUUAUAAUAUUUCUUUAAAUAUUACUUACAAAGAUACAUGGGGCUACAAAAAUAACAAGUCCGAAUGGUCAGGCAUGAUGGGCAUGUUAACUCGUAAGGAAGCUGAUAUUGGUGGUACUUCAUUAUUUCUAACAAGAGAAAGAGUUGAUCUGAUUGAUUAUAUAGCUAUGAUCACUCCAACAAGAUCAAAGUUCGUGUUUAGACAGCCCAAACUGUCAUAUAUUACCAACGUUUUCGUACUACCUUUUGACACAAAAGUUUGGAUCUCGACAGCAGUACUGAUCAUAAUUAUGAUAGUCUCCCUUUUUGUUUUGAUGAAGUGGGAAUGGAAGAAGAAAACUAUAACCACCGUCCAAAACACUUCUAACAGUAUUGAAUUGAGUGAUUCAUUCAUGGAAAUAGUGUUGUUAACUUUGGCAGCUUUGUCUCAACAAGGAGCUGCAGCUAUGCCCUCUAGUACACCUGGUAGAAUAGCUACGAUAGUGCUCUUAAUAGCACUGAUGUUCAUGUACGUAUCUUACUCAGCUAACAUAGUAGCAUUGCUGCAAACAUCUUCAAAUAGUAUAAAGACUCUAGAGGAUUUGCUGAACUCUAGAAUCACGAUUGGAGUGGACGAUACUGUCUACAAUCAUUUCUACUUUUCUACCGCAGAGGAACCAAUAAGGAAGGCAAUAUAUGAAAAAAAAGUAGCCCCUCCUGGUAAACCAGCAAAUUAUAUGCCUCUGGAAGUUGGUGUAAGAAAAAUGAGAGAAGGACUAUUUGCUUUCCACAUGGAGACUGGAUCUGGAUACAAGCUAGUCAGUGAGAUAUUCAGAGAAGAUGAAAAAUGUGGACUGCAGGAAAUAGCCUAUAUUCAAGUCGUGGAUCCUUGGUUUGCCAUUCAGAAAAACUCUUCUUACAAAGAAAUGCUGAAAAUUGGCUUGAGGCUUUUGCAAGAAAACGGUAUGCAAGAACGAGAAAACAUACUUAUCUACACUAGGAAACCAGUGUGUACAUCGAAAACAUCAACUUUUAUUAGUGUUGGUAUCAUUGAUUGUUAUUCAGCAGCUGUGAUUCUAGCAGGUGGAAUGAUAGCUUCAAUAAUCGUCCUCAUUUUGGAAGUCUACGUUCAUAAAAGAAUGAAAUUUUAUAAAGACCAUUGGAAAGGACAUUUUAACAAUUCAAGAGAAUAAUUAUUUUCAGUAUCCAAAAUUAUAGGUCGAUACAUUUGAACUACUCGAUAUUACUUUUGGGACGUUUAAACUACUAUUUAUUAUAUCGGUACAAUUGAACUACUCACUUGAAAUUCCUUAUAGAUUUUACGUCGACGUACUAAGUU